AUGAGGCGGUAUAACCUCACUUUCACCACGUCAAGUGCGGGACAUCAACAACAUCGUCAAACAUCCAGGUACACUGAGGCGGGUAUAUCAGAAGUACGUUGGUUGGGGAAAGGAGAACAUCCCACACAAGGUGGAGAACGACUACUUUUUAGUGGUAAUGAAUCUGGAAAACACGAAAGCGGUGUAGGAUUUCUACUCAGUAAACAUGCUAAAAAGAGUCUAAUCUCAUGGACACCAAUAAACGAAAGAGUAAUAACAGCAAGAUUCUACACCAGGUUCAGAAAAGUAACUUUUAUCCAAUGUUACGCCCCAACCAAUAACGCUUCUAAAGAGGAUAAAGAUGAAUUCUAUGACAUCCUCGAGAAAACUAUAAAAGACGUAAACAGCGGUGACAUAAAAAUUCUCAUGGGCGACCUUAAUGCGAAAGUAGGCGCUCAAAACGAGAAUUUGGAAGAAAUUAUGGGAAAAAACGGCGUUGGGCAGAUUAACGAAAACGGCACAUACUUCACACAGUUCUGCUCCAACGCGAACCUGGUAAUAGGGGGUACGCUGUUCCCCCACAAACAGAUUCACAAGACAACGUGGGUCUCGCCAGACAAAAAAACCCACAACCAAAUCGAUCAUAUCACAAUCUCUAGGAAAUGGAGAUCGUCAUUACUCGAUGUGAGGAACAAGAGAGGUGCUGAUGUAGCCAGUGACCACCACCUAAUAGUUGGCACAUUGAGAAUAAAACUAGCAGUACCCAAGCAACCAGCCGAUAUGAAACGAAUAAAACUAAAUAUAGAGAAGCUACGCAUUCCACAAAUAGCAAAAUCCUUCAAGGAAAAAAUGCAAGAGACAAUAAACCAAAAAUCAGCACAAAAAUGGGAAAAUAUGGCCGACAACAUCAUUGAAGUCGCCAAAACAACAAUUGGAGUGAAAAGCAGGCAAAGGAAAGAAUGGAUCAGCGAAAACACGUGGUUGCUGAUAGAAGACCGAAAGAGGAAAAACACCUGCUACUCCAAAAUCUUUCGCAAGAAUAUAGGGCAGCGGCACAGGUAG